GGGCGCACAGAGUAGGGUGCAGCGCAGCAGGGCGCACAGAGUAGGGCGCAUUGGGGCUCGAGGGUCUCCGCGUGCUUUGGGGAGGGGGGAGCCAAGGCAGGCGAGGCCGGGCCGGGCCGGGCCGGGCCGGGGCAGACAGGUGAUGGGCGUUUCGGCGGCGGCGCUGUUCCCGGCUUCACUCCUUGGGUUUCACUCUGGUCUGAUCUAAGCAAAUAUGCUGAAGUACCGGCUGGUCUACUCCUAAAGCCAAAAGAGCAGAGCAAGAGAAGCCAGGCGGCGGCGGCAUUGGCGGCGGCGGCCCCGGAUCGGGAAACAUACAAAAAAGAAUAAGAAUUAAAAAAACCAAAAAAAAAAAAAAAAACCAACCCACCCCCUCCCCGCUUCCCCUCCCGUCCCACCCCUCACCCCAGCGCCCAAGGAGGAUCUCGGAUCGCACACGCACAGACAGACACUCAGACAGACAGACAGACACACACGCACACACCAGUGUCUUUCCCCUUGAGGGAUGGUACUGAAUUUCGCCGCCACAGGAGCCCGGCUGAAGCUCCCACCCCGCAGCCCUGCGCCUCCAAGGAGUCUUAAGUGCAGCGGAACGCGAUGACGACCUGGGCUUGUGUUCUGCUGCUAGGGUUUGGCUACCUGUCCUAUGCCUUCUCCGAGGAAGCCGAGAUCCCCCGGGAGCUGAUCGAGAGGCUGGCUCACAGCGAGAUCCACAGCAUCCGCGACCUGCAGCGCCUCCUGGAGAUAGAUUCCGUAGGAUACGAAGAUGUUUCAGAAACAAACCUGAGAUCUCAUAAUAUCCACGGUGCCAAACAUGCUCAAGAAAAGAGACCUGUCCCAAUUAGAAGAAAAAGAAGUAUUGAGGAAGCCAUUCCUGCCGUCUGUAAAACGAGGACAGUUAUUUACGAGAUACCUCGGAGUCAGAUUGAUCCCACGUCGGCCAAUUUCCUGAUAUGGCCACCGUGCGUGGAGGUGAAACGUUGUACUGGCUGCUGCAACACCAGCAGCGUGAAAUGCCAGCCCUCACGGAUACAUCACAGAAGUGUCAAGGUGGCAAAAGUUGAAUAUGUUAGGAAAAAGCCAAAAUUAAAAGAAGUUCUGGUGAGGUUAGAAGAGCAUUUGGAAUGCACCUGUACAUCGUUGAAUUCUAAUUCAGAUUAUCGAGAAGAAGAAACCGGAAGGCCUAGGGAAACAGGUAAAAAACGGAAAAGAAAAAAGUUAAAACCAACCUAAAAACUCCUGGACCUAUUUUGAUUAUCAGAUGUGAGGUGAAAAUAAGCUAGAAAAAUCUUCUCUGGGACACGGAUGUACACAAUUUGUUACAUUCCUGAACCUACUAUGUAUGGUGCUUUAUUGACAGUAUACGUGAUUUGUUCUCCUGUGUGAAAAACUGGCUCAAGGAACACUUAAUGAGAACAAAGAGACAAUGUACAUUUGUUUAAUGUGACAUCAAAGCAAGUAUUGUAGCACUCUGUGAAACAAUAAGAAGCUUCCUUGUCCAAAAAAAAAAACAGUCGAAUGAAUGGAGGAUACCAAAAGUACUACAAAACGUGACAAAAAACCUAAGUGAAUAGCGGAUUUCUGUCAGAGCGGUCAACGGUGCUUUAUGUCAAGAAAUGUGCCUGCUUUCUUGAUGAAGAUGGAUGGACACUGAUGGACUUCAGGCAACAAAAAAGCAGGAAUGUAUCAAAUGCCACGCAAACACUAUAGAAACAAUACAUCCUUGCUCGGUAGUGUUUUAAGUCUAUUAAAGAAAAAAAAAACCUUCUGGGGAGCCUUAAGUGGAAUUUUUUUUUUUACACCAUAAAGUGAUUAUUAAGCUUUUCUUUUUACUCUUUGCCUAGCUUUUUUAUUAUCUCUUGGACUACAUUUACCAAUAACACAUAUAGAAGGCUGCUGUAACAGUGAGGCCAUACAAUGGUAUUUCUCCUAGCACGAUGCAAACUAAUGAGAUGUAUUAAAAUAAAUACGGUAUACCUACCUAUGCAUAAUUUUCUAAACGUUUCUUGGUUUAUGUUUUUCCCUUUUUUAAUUUAAGUCAUUUCAAGACAACGAUGUGCGAAUAUCAAUCAUAGGUAAACUCCUCUUCAAGGCUAUGUCGGUCGCCCAAUAGUGAUACUGUGUUAGCUAUUUGCCCUCCUUUUUACAGUCUACAGACUAACGUUGAUUUCACAUGUUUGGCUGUGUGAAAUGUAGAAUUUCUUCUUGUAUCUGUAUUGUACAAUGUUAUUGUCGCAGGGAAGUAUCCUGCGGCAAAUAUUUGAACAGAACCUAAAUUCUUUAUUUUUGGUAAGAUGUUAUGCUUUAUGUGUAUUCAACCGAAAAACGUGUUUUUGUAAAGGUGAAGUUUGUAUUUUUAUCUAAAAUUAACAGUUUUAUAUACCUGAGAGCGCCUGCUAUGUUUUCUUGAACCAAAAACAAAGAAACAAACAAAAGAAACAAGAAACCAAACAAACGAAAAACAUUUUGUGGUCCUAUUUUUCUAGUAGAAUAGCCCAAAUGACUCCAAAAUAGAGUUUACCGAGAGCCGUGCAGAGCAGUGUCAAAGCACAGCCACUUCAUCCGUACGUAGUAUGUGGGAUUUGAACUGGGCAAUGUCAGGAAACUUCAGUCAUAUCUGUUCAAUUCCUUGCCUACUGCUUUGAAAAUGUAAUGAGGAGGUGUCUCGUAUUCUGUCGGGGGCUACAGUGGGGCUACUAGACUUGUUGGACUUCCUGGUUUCUUGCUCUACGGACCCCCUACUUAGAUUCCCCCGGGGUUUAAAUUCUGUGGUCAGUGGGGAAAAAAAUAGAUUUUUGACUCUCACAUUGCACAUGUCAAAAAACUCCAGAUCAUUUUCUUUGUGAAAUGUAUCUUGAGAGGGGAGAUUUAUUUCUCUAUCGUAUGUAGUAUUGACAUAAAGAUCAAAUGAAAGGAAUUUAUAAAGUAGCAUGUCUUGAUGAAAACACUUUCAACCUGAAUGAAAUGCUCUGAAUGUGAACUAACAAGCUUUGAGAUGUAAACACGAGGAAGUGGGGAAGAGAGGUGGGGCUUGACUCCCAACCUUAACCAUUCAGUGAUUUAAAAUACUGAACCCAUUUUGGCCACAAAUGGCAGAUGGCGAUCAAAUUGCAGACAGCACAAAAAGUAAUUUUAUUAAUGAGCCAUUAUUGGCUUCAGAUUUGAAUGCAGAAUACAAGUGUGUCUUAGUCCUGUUGUGCGGUUAUCCUGAGUGCCAACCAAAGCACCAUGCCUUGAGUUAAAACUGCUUGUGCUUACUGUCAGCUGCGUGUACCAUUCACAAUGUUAUGCACACGAAUGUAUGUGUCUAAAGUUCAAAAAAAUGUAUAAAAGUGUAAUUUAUCUAUUUAUGUUUCAGUGAGAUGCCAAUAAUAUUGCUCCUUUUUUUUGCAAAGUUAUCUAAUGAAAGAAUUCACAUACCCAUUAAAAUCAUGUAGCUGAAAA